AAGUCAAGCAUUGAAGAAUAGUUUUUUGUAAAAACUAACCGUAAAAAUGGCUUUCCUUAAUAAGACUUACAAAUUCGUGAGCCAGGAGAACUUCGAUGCUUUCCUCAAGGCAUCUGGUGUCCCUGCAGACAAAAUCGAAAAGACCCUGAGCUACACACCAGACCAAAAGAUCGUUAAGGAUGGUGACACCUACAACUACAUCGUCUCAGGAGCUCUCGGCACCAAGGAAGUCAAAUUCAAGUCUGGAGUGGAAUUCGAUGACAAACUUGGCACUGAACAGACUCCCGUCAAGAGCACAAUCGUUGUUGACGGUAACACAGUGAUCCAGACAGCUAAAGGAGCCACUGGAGUCGCUACCUUCAAGAGAGAGUACAACGGAGACGAUUUGGUUGUGACCGUCACCCUCGACAAUUGGGACGGCUCCGCCAAGAGGUACUACAAGGCUGCAUAAAUAAACCAACCAACAAUUAAUGAAUAGUUCAUAAUUUAAUUUAUUUUUGUAAUAAAGUCAAAAUUUUCACUUAG